GUGGGACCGCGCGCUCCUGCGCUGAAGCCCCGUGCGCGCGCGCCGCCGCUCCUCUUCUCGUGAUCCGCCAUUAGCGCCGCCGCGGUGCACGCCACGCCAAAAUGCAGAUUUUCGUGAAAACGCUGACGGGUAAAACCAUCACACUCGAGGUCGAGCCGUCGGAUACUAUUGAAAAUGUCAAGGCAAAGAUCCAGGACAAAGAAGGGAUUCCUCCGGACCAGCAGAGGCUGAUCUUCGCUGGGAAGCAGCUGGAGGACGGACGCACGCUGUCGGACUACAACAUACAGAAGGAGUCCACGCUUCACCUGGUGCUCCGUCUGCGCGGCGGAGCCAAGAAGAGGAAGAAGAAGUCCUACACCACACCCAAGAAGAACAAGCACAAGAGGAAGAAGGUCAAGCUGGCGGUGCUCAAGUACUACAAGGUGGACGAGAACGGGAAGAUCCACCGUCUGCGGCGCGAGUGUCCGGCCGACGAGUGCGGCGCUGGAGUCUUCAUGGCCAGUCACUUCGACAGACAUUACUGUGGAAAGUGCUGUCUGACCUACUGCUUCAACAAACCUGAGGAUAAAUAAUCAAUAAAACACACAGAUCAUCAUC